UUCUAGAACUCCUUACUGAAGCUCCCUACAAGCUAGCAUCAUUUUUUGUAGGCCUGCUACUGCCUCACUGGCAAGGUUUGACUAAUAGCAUAAAUGGCUACCACUGAAAAAAACCAUCUGAGUGAGAAGAGAGAAUUGGGCAUGGAGUUUCCUGCUGCACAGGCUCAUCACCUUUUAGCUGAAGAUGAAGCGGUUCAUUCUGCAAUCUCAAUUUCAUCUACACCUUUGCAUGAUAAAACAGCAGCUGGUGACUCGGCCUUGAGGUCUAUGAUAGAAGAAAAUGCCUUUCAGGCUUUGAGUGAUGGACCCUGGGCAAAAAGACCCCGGCUUGCUCUCUCUGAUGAGGGUUCUCUUGAAGACAAUGAUUUUCUGUCUCUUACCUUCCCAAAGAAAUUGUGGAAAAUUGUUGAAAGUGAUCAGUUUAAAUCACUGUGGUGGGACGAUGAUGGGAAUUGUGUAGUGAUAGACGAAGAACUUUUUAAAAAAGAGGUCCUGGAAAGGAAAGGACCAUUGCGCAUCUUUGAAACUGACUGCAUGAAAAGCUUCAUUCGUCAGCUGAAUCUCUAUGGCUUUAGCAAAAUGAGACAGAAUUUCCAACGGUCUGCCUCCCUUGUUGAAUUUUUAGCAGAAGAAAAAGCUGCUUACGCAUUUAGCAAGUUACAGUUCUACCAUAACCCCAAUUUUAAGAGAGGUUGCCCUCACCUUCUUGCAAGAUGCAAGAGAAGAGUUGGUAUCAAAAAUACACCACCUGCUGCUUUCUCGUUAGAUGACGACUUCAGUGAAAGCUGCUUGAAGAGCAGGUCAAGAAGUCCCGAAGGUCAGUCUAGCCUGGGAUCUGUUUCUAGGGAGAAUGGGUUCCUUGCAACUUCCCCAAAGGACAAAAUGCACAAAUCUGGACUCCGAAAACCUACCAUGACCAAGAGCCUUGCUGCAGCAGCAGCCCGGCUGAGAAGUGGAUAUGCUGCCUCACCUCCAACUCCGUUGAGGGCCUCUGAACAGGCAGCCCCGGAGGAGAAUGACAGCAAAAUAAACCAGCUGGCUCCCUUCCAUUUGCCUCAGCCCGCCAGCCAUGCUCGAGUCAACACCCAUGAGAUAGAUUCGACCACCACUACCUCUGCAACCUCUUUGUAUCAUGUCAUACCUCCCGUACCAAACAGCCCAUUUGCACCGGUGAUGGGGCUGCCAGCCUUCCCAACCAUGUACCCAGACUUAUCUGCCAUGCAGGCUCAUUGGGCCAGCUUACUCCCGUUCUGCAAUCCAUGGUUCUCGAUGCCUAUGAUAGCCGCGGCUUCGGCCAUUUCCAUGUCAAGGUCCUCCCAUCAUCAUCGAACUCCUUCAUACCACCAUUGCCCUAACUGCAACUGUACGUCAAACACCACCUCUGCUUCCAAAGGAGUUGGACCCAAAGCUACGGAUUACACUGGGUACCAUCGAUGAAGCAAAGGGUAGACUGGGAAAAUCCAGCCCUUUUUCAAAAUAGGGAAAUUCACCAUGACAUGGACUGAAGAAUAAAUGUCUUUCUUUCCUUUCUUCCUGUCUUAUUUACCUAGGUCAACUUUGUAUUUCUUUUAUCAUGGAACUUGAUUCGAAGUAACUUGUUUGCUUCCAUGAUCUAGUUGUGAAAUGUGUAGAUUUAAGGAGAAAAAAAGUAUAGUAUAAUGUUUGGAUUUGGGUUGUUCAUUUUCUGCUGUGGCUGCAGAUGAAAACUGUAAGGCACAAACAGGUUUCCUUGUUACAGUCCCUUGUGCCUGGCAACCAAGGAAAUAGUCCAAAGUGGAUGGCAGCCAUAAGUACUUAUAUUAGUUGGAUUGGAAAGUCCAUGUAAUAUAUGAAAACCUCUUAAUGUCUUUUAUGAUGGCAUAAGGAAAGAAAAUGUGUGCCCAGGAUGGCUUUGUGAAAAAGUUUGAAGAUCUAGAAACCUGAAAGUAAAAGCUGUCAGCAAUACUUACUUUAAGAGGGGGUAGCAUUUGAACCAGGAGCUUAGAUUACCUCUAUUAUUUGAUGCCAACCUUAGUUUUGAUAAAAUUGCUAUGUGUGUUGUGGUUGGUGUUAAGUUUUGUUGUAAGCCACUGAAAGUAACUCUUUUACGGAACAAGAUGCCAAGUUCACAGUGUCAUCUGUUACAUUACAGUCUAAGGGUCUAACAAGGUUGUGGGAUAGCCACUAAUGGUCUCAAACAUUUUCAAGGGAGAAUAGAUAUCUUGUUCAAUGA